UGUAAGAACGAGCACGGAAGGAGUCUGAGUGACAAGUUCGGGAUGUCAGCUGAUAAAGCGCCACUGAGAUGUCUUCUGCUUCGAGCCAUGUCCAGUAAAGAAGUAAAGUCUUCACUGAAAAGUGCUAGGGAGGCUAUCAAAAAUAAGGAGUUCAAAGAUGCACUGAAGCACUGUAAGGCAGCUUUGAAGAUAGAAAAGAAUAACUACAAUGCUUGGGUGUUUAUUGGAUUAGCAGCAGCUGAACUUGAGCAACCGGAACAAGCACAGACGGCUUACAAAAAGGCUACAGAGUUGGAACCAAAUCAAUUGCUUGCAUGGCAGGGGUUGACAAAUCUGUAUGAAAAAAGCAAUCAAACUGACUUUAAAGAAGAAUUGCCUGAAAUGUAUCUUAAACUAAUGGAAUUUUAUGAGAGCACAGAGAAGCAAAAGUGGUAUGAAGUAUGCAAGAAAUUGGUGGAACUCUAUUAUCAAAAGCAAAAACACCUGGAGGUUGCAAGAGCGUGGAAUAAACUAAUUAAAUUAAAACAAGAAGAAAAUGUGAAGAAAGAUGAGCUUUACCAACUGUGGAUACAAAUGAUAAAGCUAUUGGGUGAUGGCCAAGAAAGCCAGGACAAUGAGAUACAGCAACAAUUGCUAGGAGCGUUUGAAAAUGCCUUGAAUUUAACAUCCGAAAUUCCAAGUGAAGACCAUCAAAAGCUUUCCACAGAGUACAUCAGGUACUUAUCAAAGUUGCCGCAUGAAGAAGUGAAGCUGAAAGCUGCUUGUGAGUCCAUGCUAUGCCUCUACCCUUCAUUGACUUUUCCUCUCGAAUUUCUUAGUCUGCACUUUAUAGACAAAGGUAGCUGCGAUGAAGAUGCUGUAAAUUGCUACUCAAGAUUAUUAGAAAUGGACUCAAGUAAUGGACCAGGACAUAUUGGUAUUGGUAUCAAGGCCUUCAAAGAAAAUAAUUACCAACUAGCUUCUGACAGUUUAACUGUUGGGCUAAAGAAGCUGAGUUCUAGUUUACGUGGUUGGCAUACUUUAGCAAUGACCCAGCUGAAAAUGCACAGAUAUGAAGAUUGUGUUGAUUCUUGCAUCCAAGGUUUAAAUCUAGGUGAAAGAGAUAACAAGUGGAAAAAGAAGUUUCUUAAAUUGAAAGCCGAAGCUUUAGUUAAAUGUAGUAAAGACAAAUGUGCAGAGGAAGCUAUGGAAACUCUGGAGCAGGUAUCAGAUAUUGGCAAUGAUCCUCAACUAAUUGCACUAAAGGCCAGAAUUAAUUUAAGGAGGGGACAAAUUGAUCAAGCAUUAAAGAUGACAGCCAGUCUCUUGGUUUCCCAUCCAGAUAUUGCUGAAGUAUAUGCCUUGAGGGGUAAUAUUCAUUUCCAGCAACAGGAAUAUCAGCUGGCUGAAAAACAGUUUCAGAAAGCCAUACAACUGGACCCUUCUUCUGGAAAUUACCAUUAUUGUCUUGGCAUGGUUUACUGGUACAUGGGGGAAGAAACAAGAAGAGAUAAGACCAAAGCUCAGACCAAUCUGCUUAAAGCUGCAAAGCUGGAUGCUUACUUAGGUCCAGUAUUUCGUUAUCUUGGCCACUUCUACAGAGACAUAGCUGCUGACAAAGUUCGAGCCAGAGGCUGUUACAAAAAAGCCUUUGAGAUAGACAGAUAUGAUGCAGAAUCUGGGGCAGCAGCAGUGGAUCUUAGCAUGGAACUUGAUGAUAUGAAUUCUGCCCUUGCAAUUCUGAAAUCUGUAACCGAACAUGCAAGUGCUGGGACAGCUAAGUGGGCAUGGCUAAGAAGAGGACUUUACUACCUGAAAAUAAACCAAUAUACACAGGCCAUUGCUGAUUUACAGGCUGCCCUGAGAGCUGACCCAAAGGAUUCUGUCUGUUGGGAGUGUAUAGGAGAGGCUUAUUUGAACAGAAGGGGUUUCACAGCAGCACUGAAAUCAUUUACCAAAGCUAAUGAGUUGAAUCCGGAAUCUAUUUACAAUAUAUACCAGAUUGCAGCCAUCAAGCAAACUCUAGGAAAAUGCAAAGAAGCUGCUAAUGAAUACAUGCAAAUAAUUAAAAGAAAAGAGGAUUAUGUUCCUGCAUUAAAAGGUCUGGGUGAAUGUUACUUGUCCAUGGCACAAAGUGCUCUUAAAGACUACCUGGAUGGAAGGGCUGUAUGCUAUCUGGAAAAAGCCAUGCAAUACAUUUCUAGAGCUGUUCAACAUCGUCCAGACCUUUCAUGUCUUUGGAAACUCCUUGGUGAUAUCUGUACCCAAAUUCAUAUUGUCUCUCCAACAAGAGGCAACCUUAAAAUGUCCCCACUUCCAAAUACUUCAAAUUCAAACAAACAAGUUCAAAAUUUGAACAAAAUUCAAAUAUUGAAAAUGGGAGGAAGAUUCUAUGGCCGAGCAUUAAAGCUUUUACCAGAGUCUGCCAAUUUAUGGUGUGACCUUGGAAUAAACUACUACCGUCAAGCACAGUGUGUAUUUAUAGACCAGGGUGAAAAUGGUAUCAAUGAGAUACUAGAGAAAUCUUUGCAGUGCCUCAAAAAAUCUGUGAUGCUGGACAGUGGAAACCACUAUUAUUGGAAUGCACUUGGGGUAAUUGCCAUGUGUAAAGGUAUUGAAAAUUCUGCUUUAGCACAACAUUCAUUUAUCAAAUCUGUGCAGGCCGAAGCAAAUAAUGUUGUAGCUUGGACAAAUCUAGGGGUUUUAUACCAGAAGCAUGAAAAUAUUGAGCUUGCUCACAAAGCUUUUAAGGUAGCCCAGUCUUUGGAACCGUCUUAUGUUCGCUGUUGGAUCGGCCAGGCUCUUAUUGCUGAAGCAGUUGGGAGUUACGAAACCAUGGAUCUUUUCAGACACACCACAGAGCUGAGUGUUCAUACUGAAGGAGUGAAGGGAUAUGCUCACUGGGUUUGUUCAACACUUUUGGAUAAAAGUAAUAGGAACUCUGAGCUGUACCUCUACAAUAUUGUGCAAAUGAACGCUAUUUCUUCAGCACAAGUUGCUUUGACAAAAUAUACAGAAAGAAUACAGAUUGAUGCUGCUGCAUUUACCAUGCUUGGAUACCUCAAUGAACAUCUAAAUUUGAAACAGCAGGCAGUAAAAGCUUACCAAAGUGCUUUUCAGAUACUACAGACCACAGGAGAAAAAGAGAAGUUAAUAUUUGCCCUUGGAAAUUAUGGCAGAAGUCUCUGUACCAUUGGUCAUUAUAAUCAGGCUAUUCAGGCUUAUACAUCAACUCAACUCAGUGACCUAGAUGACAUCACUGGAUUAGCACUUGCUUAUUUCAAGAGUGGACUUUUGCAAGAAAGUAUCACAGUGUAUGAAAAAGCCUUGAUGCUGGCAAAAACAGAAAAGGAGAAGGCAUAUAUACUUAUAUCCUUGGCUUUACUUGAACACAAGCAAAAAAAGGUGGAUGGUGCGAAAACACUGCUUUUUAAAUGUUCCAUGUUAAAAGAGCCUGCAAUUGAAAGUCUUCUGUCACUUUGUGCCUUGGGACUGGUCAACAGAGAUGCUACACUUGCCACAGCUGCCCUUAAUGAGAUUAACAAACGUGUUAACCAGAAGGAUGCAGUUUAUGAUCGAUGUCUGCUCUUGUGUGCCAUUUUUGCUCUCCAAGGCAACAAUGCAGGUGUACAGAAACAAUUAGCUAAAGCUGUUCACAGUCACCCAGGUGAUCCUAUGUUGUGGUCUCUACUAUCUAGAGUGGUUCCUCAGUACUACCCCAAAAAUUCCAAAGGAGGCAUAGUUGCUGGAAGUGUGGCCUGCCAUUUCAGUUUGACUCAUGGGAAGAAAGCACUCUUGUAUAGUGGAGUGAAUCAGCUAGCAGCAGGUAUUCACUCUGGUAAGAGCCAGUCUAAUAAUGCUCUGAAGACCAUUCAGAAGGUGGCACUGCUCUGUCCAGAUAAUCCUGCUGUGUGGGCUGCUUUAAUGGCUGCUUGCCACCUUGAAAAUACAGCCUGCUAUCUGAGUGGGUCAGAGAGCAAAAAAUUAGGGUUGGAGAAAAUGCUUCUAAAUGCAGUUUCAGAAAAGGUGAAAGCUGCAGGUGAUUUUCAGUCAUCACUGAAUCAAGAGCUUGACCAAUGGUCAGUAUGUCAAGCAGUAUCAGGGCUGAAACAAGCAGGCCAAAAUUCAGAAGCUGAGUCACUGUGUAGCAAGGUGCUGAGUAUCCAGCCAGAACAGCCCCCUUUGUAUCUCCUCCUUAGACAGAUACAAUGUGAGCAGCUACUACAUUUGCAAAAGAAACUUCCUGAAGUUGUAUUGGAGGAACUUAAAAAGGCAGUGAUGUCCAAUUUUGCCUCUGUAUCUGCAUGGCAUUGGCUGGCAGAUGUGUACAAAAGUCAAGGCCUAAUGGUAGCUGCAGUUAUGUGUUACCGUCAGAGCCUACAGGUGGCAUCUCAGCAGGGUAAUGUCAGUGGGAAGUUGUCCAGUCUACUGAGGCUAGCACUUCUUGGUUUAUCACUCUGUAUGGCACAUAUUUCAGGCACUGAAUGGAAGGACUUAGUGCAAGAAGCCACUGGAGAAGCAAUGAAGAUUGCCUGCUGUCCUUUAGCAGUUCUUAUUCAAGCACUUCUACAGUUUUGCAUUAAAAUGGGAGCAAGGGAAACACGGCGACUUUUGGAAAGAGUGGUGUAUCAGCCUGGGUGCCCCGAUUCCAUUGUUUCAGUUGCACGCUGGUAUCUUCUUAGACAUCUGCAUGCUAAAAAUGAUGAGCAGCUCAUUGAUACAUUACUGGACCAUGCAAGAGACCACAGUGACAGCCGAUUGGAUGCUUUCUAUAAAAAACUUUGCUCUUCAUCUUAGUCAGACUCCUUUGUAUUGAGGAAAUGAAAUCACUCUUUCUUUAACUUAAAUGUCAUUGCUAUAUAGAUUAUCAUAUAGAAGAUCUUCACAAUUGCAAUAUGUGAGAAAUGUGGUUGGGUGUUGUCCUAUUACAACUGAUUUACUCUCAUAGCUGAAGAAGAGGAUAUUGACAAAAAUUCUGACCUCAUAAUCUUCAAGUUUUAAAAAGAAGUUGAAUUGUAUCAGUACUGUAAUAGAAUAUAAUAAUCUGAAUACAGUAUAGUGCAAGUCAAGGGAAUGUUAAUCUGUAACUUCCAUUUUAAGAACUGUGUAUACAAUAAUAAUAAUGAUUUGCACUUUUCAGAGCUUUCUUUGCACAGCAAUUAAGCUUUUUCAUAUUUACAAAGCACUUUUCAAUCCAGAAACUGCCUACCUAAAAUUGUACUGCUAAUUGCAUGUUCUGAAACCAUUAAUAGCAAGAAUUAUGUGUCAGAUAUAGAGCAAACAACUUAUGUAUCUGUAUGCAAAUUAAAUAUUGUCACACACAUACAAGUGCAGAGAGUUUUAAUAAUGUCAAGGUGUGCAAAUGUAUUGAAUAUGACAUGAAAUCUAUUUUGGACCUGGAAAAGAUAAAUAUUGAAAAUAGACAGAUGCAUUUUUUAGUAAGAUAUCUACCUGUGUACAAUAAAAAUGUUUUUUGUCUUGUGUAUGUCUGUGUAUAUAGACUGGCUUUAAUACCUCUGUAGAAAAUUUAAUGCAGUCUUUAUGAAAAACAAGUUGUGUAUACAAAUUCUUUAUUUUGGCACCUGAGAUGUAAGAAUACAAGAGAUAAUUACAGAAAUGUUAAAUUACAGGACUUAUAAUCACAAAGUUUUUAUUAUUAUUUUAUUAUUUAAAACAGUGCAUUUAUUCCACACGUAACAUUGCUGGGAGAAUGUGAUCAUAAAACAGAUUAUUGAUAAAGUGCA